GGAGCUGGCAAGGCGGAAGCUCGGGUUCGGCGGCGGCGGCGGCGGCGGCCUGAGGGGCCUCGCCCGCUCCCUGCGACCGUACGGGCCUUCCUCGGCGGCGCGCCUCGCCCUCGUCCUACGUGGGUCCCCGGCUCCGGAGGUCCCGGAACGAGCGGCCGGCCGACGGACGAGCCGGCCAGCGCGGAGAAGUCCCUUGACCAUCUAGCAGCUAUGAGUCUGCUACACUGUGAAGACAGCUGUGGUGCCAACCAACCAGAAAGAGACUGCUGUGCAGCCAUGGCCAGUGCCUGUAGCACUGGUGCAAAGGAAGACAGCGUCAAUGGGAGCACCAUUCCGGGGAACCUUCCCAGUUCCUUGAUGGAAGAGAUUCAAGGCUAUGAUGUGGAGUUUGAUCCACCCCUCGAAAGCAAGUAUGAGUGUCCCAUCUGUCUGAUGGCCUUACGGGAAGCCGUGCAAACGCCCUGUGGCCACCGAUUCUGUAAAGCCUGCAUUGUCAAGUCAAUAAGAGAUGCAGGUCACAAAUGCCCUGUAGACAAUGAAAUACUGCUGGAAAAUCAACUAUUUCCAGACAACUUUGCUAAACGGGAAAUCUUGUCACUUACGGUGAAAUGUCCAAAUGAAGGUUGUCUGCUGAAGAUGGAACUGAGGCAUCUAGAGGAUCACCAGACACAUUGUGAGUUUGCCCUUGCAGAAUGCCCACAGUGCCACCUUUCGUUUCGGAAAUAUCUCCUGCACAAUCAUAUGCUGGUGGAGUGUCCAAGGCGACAAGUGUCUUGUGUGAAUUGUGCCACGCCCAUGCCAUUCGAAGAGAAAGAGUUCCAUGACCAGAACUGCCCAUUGGCAACGGUCUUUUGUGAAUACUGCAACACCAUGCUCAUCCGGGAACAGAUGCCCAAUCACUAUGACAUAGACUGUCCCACAGCUCCAAUUCCAUGCACAUUCAGUACAUUUGGGUGUCGUCAGAAGAUGCAGAGGAAUCAUUUGGCUCGACACCUGCAAGAGGAUAUUCUGGCCCACAUGCGGAUGAUGGCACAGGCCAUCCAGAACAUCAGCAUUGUGGCUUCCAGCCCCGGGCUCCAGGCCCCUCCCUACGAUGCUGGGUCCUUAUCCCGGACCCCCUCAGGAUGCCUCCAGGAGGUUCAGAACUUCCAGGAGACCAUCCAGCAGCUGGAGAGCCGCCUUGUAAUACAAGACCACCAAAUCCGAGAGCUGACUGCUAAGAUGGAGACACAGAGUGCUUGUGUGGGGGACCUCAAACGGACCAUUCGAACCCUUGAGGACAGACUCGCUGAGAUGGAGGCACAGCAGUGCAAUGGCAUUUAUAUCUGGAAGAUUAACAACUUUGGGAUGCACUUGAAAUCUCAAGAAGAGGAGAAGCCUGUUGUCAUCCAUAGCCCCGGAUUCUAUACUGGUAAACCUGGCUACAAGCUCUGCAUGCGCCUUCACCUGCAGUUGCCGAGUGCUCAGCGCUGCGCUAACUAUAUUUCCCUUUUUGUCCACACGAUGCAAGGUGAGUAUGACAGCCAUCUUCCCUGGCCCUUCCAGGGCACAAUCCGCCUUACUAUUCUCGAUCAGUCAGAAGCCCCUGUGAGGCAGAAUCACGAAGAGAUCAUGGAUGCCAAACCAGAGCUGCUUGCUUUUCAGAGACCUACCAUCCCCCGGAACCCCAAAGGUUUUGGUUAUGUGACUUUCAUGCACUUGCAAGCCCUUAGGCAAAGGACCUUCAUUAAAGAUGAUACUUUACUUGUGCGUUGUGAGGUUUUGACACGUAUGGACAUGAAUAGCCUAAGGAGGGAGGGCUUUCAGCCACGCAGUACUGAUGGAGGGGUAUAGUGAGUCGCCCUGGCUCAUGAAAACGGAUAUUGUCUGGCUCCUGUCCAUUACCUUACAUGGUUUACAGCACAGUGGUAUGCUUCAGGCUUUAUUUCUGGCUGGCUGUGAAGCCAGUUCAGGAGCCUUGGUCCUCUGUAAACCUCAACAGUAAAACACAAAUCAAAAGGGUAAAGGAUGAGUUUUAAAAAUCUAGUAUUUUUCUAGUAUUUUAUUUUCCAAUUACAUGCAAAGAUUGUUUUUGG